AUGCUUCCACUUAAAAAAAAAGUAGCGUAUAAAUAUGUUAUACUCAACGACAGAAACGAGAUCAUCAGGGUUUGGGGGUUCAUGCACGACAGAAACGAGAUCAUCAGGUGGGAAGAGAUAGAGGGAAACAGAGAGCUAACCCCAACAGGAGCAGAGAUGUUAGUUGAAGACGACAACGGAUACAUCCGCAGCAAAACCUCCUGCGAUCUAUCCAGCGAUCAACCCCCAGAAACAGAGGAGAAAGGGGGGGAUAAGGCUCAGGCAGCAGCAGAGCUGCGGGAGAGGUUGCUGUCGGCUCAGGAGGGUUUAGCGGUGAUAGAUGAAAACGAUUCGCUUGUUGUGGUGUCUAUGGAGCUCCCGCAGCAGCAGCAGCAGCAGGAACAGCAGCAGGAGAAGGAAACACAACAGCAGCAGACCCACAACACGCACCCUCAUCCCCCCCUUCCUCCUCCGCAGCACCACCGCCAGCAGCAGCAGCACCAACCCCAGCAGCAGCACCAACCCCAGCAGCAGCAGCAGCAGCAGCAGGAGGAGGAGGAAGACAGGUGCCGCAGCAGCGGGACGGGAGCGGCGAGCCUAUCCCGUUUAUCCGCAGCAGCAAAGGAAGACGGAGACACGAAGGAAAAUUUAUUUUUGGCUCUGUUGAUAGAUGCGAGCCCCUCGCUGGCCUGCAGCUGA